UGGCUGCCAUGGCUUCCAGAGCAGACUUGCCGGGCGCCGUGACGGUGCCAAGAGCAUCUGUCCUCCCGCACUCGCGGCACUCGUGUGCUCGGCGACGCGUUGAGCAAACGGCAAGAAGUGGGACCACUCGUUUUGACCUACGGGUCCUUGGCGCUUUGGGCGUUACCCUCGCCACACGGGUGCGGCAAUCGUUGGUGCCGCGAAGGCAGCAGGUGACGCCCACGCAGAGGUCGACCAGGUCCUUGAACCCGAGCCAGCGAAAGGCUGUUUGCGCGAAAGUCGCAGGACCGCAACUGAUCAUUGCGGGCGCCGGCAGUGGCAAAACGACGGUCCUCACCGAACGCCUGGCCUGGCUGGUGAAGGAGGGUGUAGAUCCGUCGAAGGUACUGCUAUUGACCUUCACCAAAAAUGCGGCAGAAGAGAUGAAGCAACGAGCCCAAGACUUGGUGGGUGACCGGGCAGGCGACGUGUUAGCGUGCACCUUCCAUUCCUUCUGCGCGCGCGUGCUGCGAAGGCACGGCAGAGCUUUGAAUCUUCCAUCGGAUUUUGUGGUCCUGGAUGAUGCCGAGUCCAAGCAGAUGAUCCAAAGUGCGCGAAAGAAGCUGGGCUUCGAUAACAAAGAUCGUCAGAAACUUCCCCUCGCUGCUGAGUUGAGGAAGAUGUUUUCCUACGCUGUGAGUGUUGGCCAACCGCUGCGAGAGGUCUUGCUACAGAAGUUCUGGAAAUAUCACGACAUGGCGGAGGACGUGGAAGCAUGUCUAAUGGAGUAUCAGAAGCUGAAAGCCGCAGAAGACUACUUGGACUUUGAUGACUUGCUGGAGCAAUGCGACCGUGUGUUGCAGGAUCCCCACGUUUGCCAAGAAGUCGCAAAGAACUGUGAGCACGUCUUGGUGGACGAGUACCAAGACACCGACCUGCUUCAAGGGUCCAUCUUAAAAAGCAUCACCUCGGGCAGGGCUUCGCCGCAGAUCACGGUGGUGGGGGAUGAUGCGCAGGGGAUCUACGGCUUUCGAGGUGCUGACAUCACAAACAUUCGCGACUUCGAAGACACCUUUGAAGACGUGAGCGUCUUCAAACUUGAAGAGAAUUAUCGAAGCCACCAGAAGAUUUUGGACUUGGCAAACAGCGUCAUGUCAUUGGCCACCGAGGGCUAUCGAAAGACCUUGCAUUCACAACUUCCAGGCGGAUCAUUUCCUGAACUCGCGUUCUUCAAAAAUCGCUCAGCAGAGGCGCAGUGGGUGCUGUCGCAGCUUGAGUUCUUGCACAACGAAAAGGGUUUCCAGUGGAGGGAUAUGGCGGUGUUGUUCAGGAAGGGCAGGGCAUCGAAAAUGCUGGAGGCCAACUUAAGAGCGCAUGACGUGCCGUAUCACUUGGUUGGUAAAAUGAAAUGGACGCAAUCUGCGCACGUCAGGGAUCUGGUAGCCAUCCUUCAAUGUGCCUUCAUUCCUCGCCACCGCUUGGCAUGGAAAAGAGUACUACAACUCGUUCAAGGAGUAGGCGAGAAGCUCUCCGAUCGGAUCUUUCAGGAAAUCUUCCAGAACUUGAGGUUGGCUCCUGAGAAGUGGAACAACUGUUCCUUCGCUCAGGACUUGUCGAGCCUGGCAGACUUGAUGGACGAGCUGAAGGAGAUGGACAACGAUCCCAAGAGAUGCGUCGCACUGGCACGCGAGUGGUACCAGCCCUAUUUUGAAAACACAUUUGCAAACCAGGAGGAGCGCCUGGAAGACUUCCUGGUCUUUGAAGACUUCGUGGAGAACUGGGACAGGAUGACAGAUGCCUUGGAGGAAAUGAAUCUUUCAGCACCCAGCAGCGAAGAAAAAAACGAUGUUGUGACCUUGUCGACCAUCCACUCAGCCAAAGGGCUGGAAUGGAACUGUGUUUUCAUCAUUGAUCUGGUGGACGACUUCCCUCAGUACAAUCCCCCAGAAGAAGAGCUCAGAGUGCUGUAUGUGGGAAUUACUCGAGCUCGUCAUCAGCUUUUCCUCACUUGUCCGGGCCAACCGCUUUCGCCAUGGCUGAACAGAACGCCGAAGCUCUCGGAACUUGUGCAGAUUCGAGGCGCGACGUCCAGUGAGAACUCAGCGAUGUUCUGAUGGACGUGGUUCCCAUCAAGUUCCC